AUGGCUACUUGUAAACAUAUUGAGAAUCAGUCUUCAAAAUUAACAGCUGAAAUUCCACUCAAUACCAAAGUGUAUAAGGAUGAUUGUAUGUACUGUUUUGAUACACCAGAGAAUAAUACUUCAGGAUUAGAUAUUUGCUUACACUGUUUUCAAUCUUUCUCCAGAGGAAAAAUCAAUCACACCCAAAAGCAUUACAAUGAUACGAAUCAUUCAUAUUACUUAAAUAUCGUAAAAGUAUUAAAGUCAGAUUUUGAUCGUAACCAACUCCCAAAGAAUGAAGAAGGUGAACGCCAUCAAAAGAUUGCCAAACUCGAAAUAAAAGAUACCAAAGAAGAAGAUGUAUAUGACAUCACUAAGUCGAUAUAUUGUUUAGACUGCAACCAAAACUUCUCGAUUGAAAAAUCACCUGAAAAUAUUCAGCGUUUGAUUGAAAACGUAUUGAAGUCUAAUUCAUCUGUUAGAGACGAUGAAAUAAAGGCUUGGGAACAAGAAGUGUUCCCGUGUGAGCAUUCUGUAGAUAUACAGCAAUUUCCCAAUGAGUCUGUUGAUUUAUCUGUUUGCGCUCAGUGUGAAUUGAAGGAAAACUUGUGGAUCUGCUUGCAUUGUGGGAUAAUUGGAUGUGGGAGACAACAAUUCGGCUCUGCAUUGCAAGGGAAUUCUCACGCUUUGAAGCAUUACGAGCUUUCGGGACAUCCAGUUGCCAUUAAGUUAGGUUCCCUAUCGGCUGAUGAUGUAAACAACUGUGACUGUUAUUGCUACCAAUGUCAGGAUGAAGUGAAGGUAAAUGAUCUUAACGAAAAGCUCUUGAAGUAUGGCAUUGAUUUGGCUAAGUCAGUUAAAACAGAAAAAAACUUAAUUGAAUUGAAUUUAGAUCAAAAUUUAAAUUGGGAGUUUAAACUUGAUGGUGCUAAUGGUGAAAAAUUAGAACCUGUUUUUGGUAAGGACUUAACUGGUUUUCAAAACUUAGGUAAUUCAUGUUAUUUGAACUCCGUAUUGCAAGCUCUAUUUAGUCUACCAAGUUAUCAAGAAUAUUUUGCUGUGAAAGAAUUUCCGAGUUACAAAGAAAUACAAGAUCCUUCUAAGGAUCUACUUAGUCAGUUGAUUAAAGUACAUGAUGGACUUCUUUCUGGGCGUUAUUCAAAACCAAAUUCUAUUAAAGGAGAUGAUUAUCAAUUAGGUAUCAAGCCUUCUACUUUUAAAUCAUUAAUUGGGGAAAAUCAUCCAGAAUUUAAAACCCAGAAACAACAAGAUGCUUUUGAAUUUUUAUUGUAUUUGUUAGAUAAAAUUGAUAAUGAAUUUGGCCUAAAUUUAAAUAAGCCUAUGAAGUUUUUGAUGGGAAGUAAGGUAGUAUGUUCUAAAUGUUUACAUGGCAAUGUUAGCCAUGAAUUAAUAGAUAAUGUCUCAGUACCUAUUGAUGAUGAAAUAGAAAGUGUCGAUGCAGAAACUGGUAAAAAGACUUACAAAGAAACCAAUAUUGCGGAUAGUUUUAAAAAUUAUUGUGCAGAGGAAGUUGUGGAAGGUUUUAAAUGUGAUAGUUGCAACUCACCUACUUCUACUGCUAUCAAAUCUACUGGAUUUAAGACAUUUCCUGAUGUUCUUGUUGUAAAUGCAAGAAGAAUUAAGCUUGAGAAUUGGGUUCCAGUAAAAGUAGAUGUACCGAUUUCAAUCCCAGGCUCAAUUGACUUGUCUCUGUUUAAGGCACCGCAAGCAGCAUCUGGAGAAACAAUAACUAGUAAAGACGAAAAUGAGAGCAAUUCUAAAGAAUUUGUUCCAAAUGAAGAGAGUUUGUCAAUGUUGUUAAGUAUGGGCUUCCCUGAGGUGAGGUGUAUUAAAGGUUUAUAUAAUACUGGUAAUAACAAUGCCGAGGACGCCAUGAAUUGGAUAUUGGCUCAUAUGGAUGAUAUUGAUAUCGAUGAACCUUUCACGCCUACUGAUAGCAAUACUUCAUCAACUGAACCAUCACAAGACUCGAUUGAUAACUUGGUUUCCAUGGGAUUUUCCAAUCAAUUGUCCAAAAAAGCAUUAAUUCUUAAUAAAAAUGACAUCAACGCCGCUGUUGAAUGGCUAUUUUCCAAUCCUGAUGAUGACGGCGUGAUUGAAGAUUCCAAACCAAUAGUUAACGUUGCUCAAGAAUGCAGAGAAAUUACACAAGAUUUACUCGAAAAUCCACCAACUAAUAAUGGCAAAUAUGACGUGAAAGCGGUUAUUUGUCACAAAGGUUCUUCACCCCACACUGGCCAUUAUGUUGUCUACAUUAAAAAAUUCAUCAAUAAUGAAACAAAAUGGGUAUUGUUCAACGAUGAAAAAGUUGUUGUUUGUGAUGAUGCUAGUAUCUCAGAUAUUAAAGAGAAUGGUUAUAUCUAUGUUUUUGAAAAGAAGUAA